ACGAGAAGGAAAAGUGGCGUGCUGUAAGAGUGUCAAGCUCAUUCGUGUGGAUUUCGUCGUAGGACACGGAUGAACCGUGUCGCCCAAGUGUCGCCAGCCGGAGAAGAAAACUGGCGGAUCACGACAAUGGCGUAGCUAGGAAGCCCAGAAAGACCAAAGGGGCCGUCAAGGAUGAUCCCAUUAUGGUUGAGAACGCUAAACUCAAAAAGCAGAACGCCGAGCUGACGAAGCAGGUGGAGAGCUUGAACGAGAGUGUCGCCGCCCUGCAAGCCAGCUUGCUGGCAUCUCGUAGCGAUGGCAACGAAGCCGAGAGUGUGGAUUUCAACCCAAGAGAGUGUCCGUCAAGUACUCAGGCCGGCGGGUCGAGACGUUCUCGAACAAUGGGUUAUUCGUGAUGAACCCAGCCCAUAGGACUCGCGAGGAGGAUACCGUUCCGGACGUGACUCGUUGGUUGUCGUCGAUAACAGUAGGAAGCAUCAACAUUCCGGAAUGUAAACCUUCAGAAGGUGAACAGAUCGGGAGGCGCAAUUUUGAUCAGUGGGUUGAUAUUUUCUCUUCACACAUGGAUCUCGCUGGCGUUACGGACGAAGUGACGAAGUUGGCUUUGUUCAAAGUCAAGGCCGGCUCGGCGCUUCUCGAAAUCUUCCACCACACGAAAUCGACCCAAGAUGCCCCGAAUGUGGAAACAUUCCCAUUUGCGAACGCGAUGCACCGAAUGAGAACCUACUUCCGAUCUUCAUCUGACGUUAUGUUGCAACGCCGGCGCUUGCGGCUGCUGGCACAGGACGCUAACGAGUCGGACAUGGCGUAUGUCGCCCGUGCUGCUAAGGUGGCCAGACAGUGCAACUUCGAGGAUUGCAAAGAACUGGAAGAAAUCGUCGGUACGCCAGCGGGUCACGGUCGAUCGAAGGAGUUGCGGGUCGUCGCCAUGACUUUGCUCAGGGAGAUCAACGACAUCAAAGAUUGGAACGAUUUGAAUGAUGUCAAGAAAGUGGAGCUUACCUAUCAGGAUCUGAUUGACCGCAUUCGUGGUCUAGAAGCAAUAAACCUUAAUGAAACUCACUACAAGACAAAAUACAACAGCAACGAGCAGGUGACGGUGGCCGCAGUAGAAGCAGACGAAGCUUUCACCCCGAUCCGUCAGGCACAGUUUCGGCGAGGAGGUGGCUCUGGGGUCGGCCGGUUUAACUCCCGAUUCCAACCAUACCGUCGGCCGGAAAGCUCGCACUGA